UUCGUUGCUUCUGUUGGAACCGAGUGUUGCCGGCUAAUCCCCGCUCUACCUUACCCCCACUGACCUUCGUCCCCUCGUCCCUUCGAGAUGGAAGUCCCGUAAAAUCAGACAAGAACAUGCCAUCACAUAAAUCAGCGGCGAGUAACCUCCAUGGCAAAACCGUGUUGAUCACUGGUGCCUCCUCUGGUAUCGGCCGUAGCACCGCACUCGAAUUCGCUCGCACAUCGUCGCAAAGCCUAAAGCUAGUCCUUACAGCACGAAGAGUUGAUCGACUUCAUGAACUAGCUGCGCAAAUCAGGAGCGAGGUUGGGGAUGGCGUAGAAGUCUUCGUGAAGCAGCUCGAUGUUUCAAGACCGACGGAGAUCGAAGCAAUGUUUGAAGAACAGGGGCUGCCAGAACGAUUCCGCGACGUGGAUGUGCUGGUGAACAAUGCAGGCUUCAUGUCCGGCGUCGAGCAAGCACCGAAUAUCCCGAAACAAGUGAUUCACGAUGUAUGGGCAACGAACGUGACGGGAGUCAUAAACAUGACGCAGGCUACACUUAAGAUAUUCAAGAAGCGACCGGAUGGCGGCAAGGGAGAUAUCGUCAUGCUAGGAAGUAUCGCCGGGCGGGAACCGUACGUUGGAGGCUCGAUAUACUGUGCGAGUAAGGCAUCAGUCCGCGCUUUCACCGAUGCUUUGAGGAGAGAGCUAAUAGACACGCGCAUUCGCGUUGUUACAGUCGAUCCUGGACAAGUCUUGACGGAGUUUAACGACAUCCGGUAUCGCCAUGACAAAGAGAAAGCGGACAUGGUCUACGCCGGUUGCGAUCCCCUUACCCCAGACGAUGUCGCUGAAGUCAUCGUGUUUGCCACGAGUAGACGGGAGAACGUCGUUGUCGCAGACGUACUCAUGUUUCCGAGCCACCAGGCAUCUUCUACACAUGUCUAUAGAAGCAGAUAGCGAUGUGGAGAGAGCUACCGUAGAUAUCUUUUCGUACGACCACUGCAGGGUAUUCGAUGGGACACAUCAUGCGAUGGAACGUCCAGCUGUAGUCAUGUCGAAGAUGGUUGCUGUUGGCGGUGCUU